AUGGCUCCCGGAAACGAGAUAAACAUCACAAAUAAGCUGAAAAGGCAGGAAAUCUUCGCUGAUAUCAAGCAUGAUAAGAACAAAGAACGUCAUACAAUGAGAAGAAAGAGGGCUAAGGAGGAGAGAGACAAUCCGGAGCUGCGGGAGCAAAGGUUGAAAGAGAAUGUAACACAGACUAUAGAAAAUACCAGGGUCUACGAUGAAACCAUUAACAAGGAAGUGGAGGGAGAUGAAGACGACCUAAUGAAAUACUUCAACGGUAAUUCCAACGAACCGCCAAAGAUCUUCUUGACCACGAAUGUAAACGCAAAGAAAAGUGCUUAUGAGUUUGCUAACAUCAUGAUUGAGGUGUUGCCAAAUGUUACGUUUGUGAAGAGAAAAUUUGGCUAUAAACUAAAGGAAAUAUCUGAUAUUUGCAUAAAGAGAAACUUCACGGACAUUGUCAUAAUCAAUGAAGAUAAGAAAAAGGUAACCGGUCUAACAUUUAUACAUUUGCCAGAGGGGCCAACGUUCUAUUUCAAGCUCUCAUCCUUCGUGGAGGUGAAGAAAAUUGUUGGGCACGGCAGACCGACCAGUCAUAUUCCAGAACUGAUUCUGAAUAAUUUUCAGACAAGACUGGGUCAAACAGUGGGAAGACUGUUCCAGUCUAUUUUGCCUCAGAACCCUGAUAUUGAAGGUAGACAAGUGAUCACUUUACAUAACCAAAGAGAUUACAUUUUUUUCAGAAGGCACCGCUAUGUUUUCAAAGAUAAUGAAAGAGUAGGUUUGCAAGAAUUGGGCCCACAGUUCACUCUCAAACUGAAAAGGUUGCAGAGAGGUAUCAAGGAAGAGACCGAAUGGGAACAUAAGCCUGAGAUGGAUAAAGAAAAGAAGAAGUUUUAUUUAUAG